CAGUAGUCCAAAAUGUAUAUAAAGAAUUCCACCACAAAUAAUUUGCAUCUUUGCCAUGAAAAUCUGAAUAAUCAUGGACUAUUCUAAGCCUACAGAUGAUGGUCAGAAAUAUCCACCACCCCACGGCGGCGACCUGCCGCCUCCUGUAGGCACGCCAGUCACUCCUUCCGGAAUCAAUGACAUUCAACCAAUCCCUCCACCGUCCGCACGGCGGGGUCACGGCGGCGCUCCCGGCCAAUGGAGCACCGGCCUUUUUGACUGUGUCGAAGAUAUUCCCAAUACUUGCGUGACAUUUUGGUGCCCCUGCAUAACAUUUGGACAGGUUGCCGAGAUUGUUGAUAGAGGGUCAACUUCAUGUGGUGCGAGCGGGGCGUUGUACACGAUAAUAGCGCUGGUGACGGGAUGGCCGUGCAUGUAUUCAUGCUUCUACCGCACAAAGAUGAGGCGGCAAUUGGAGCUGCCCGAGACACCCUGCCCGGAUAUCCUCGUCCAUGGCUGCUGCGAGCCCUGCGCCCUUUGCCAAGAGUACCGCGAGCUUACAAACCGUGGAUUCCACAUGUCUCUCGGAUGGGACGGCAAUGCUGAUAAACAAAACCAAGGAUUCACCACGGCCCCGGUUGUUGAACGAGGGAUGAGUAGAUGAGCUAGUUGUAUAGUCCAUGCCUCUAAUUAUUAAUUAAUUACCCUUCACAUUAUCCUCUCUUUUUUUUUUUUUUCCUUUUCUUUCUUGGCAACGCGUGUCGAUUUUGCUGGUUUUUUCUUACAAAAUUCAUGUGUGAAGGUUGCUUGUAUUUUUGUGGAAAGUGUAAAUCUUUUUUCCUUUUUCUGUUGUAGUGAAGAAUGUACGUAGUGGUGAGCAUUGCGAAUCAAUGAAAAUGAAUUCAUUCGAUUUGUAUCAAUAA